CGGGUACUUUUAGCGAGAGAAAUGACCUUGAAUGAAGAAGAAGCGGUAUUUCUCUCUUUCUUACUCGCGCCACCACGGCGCGACGCCCUUUCUCUCGACGCCCAGGCGGAUGGCCUGCCACUGGCCCAUGACCGACGCGGACUCGAACGGCUUCCAACCACGCACGAUGCCCUCGACGAAGUCGGGGUCGUCGCCGACCUUGGCCGAGAAGAGGCGCUUGCCGUUCCAGCCGAGCGGAAACUCGCGCGCGAAUGUCAGGAACCGACCCUCGUCGAGGCGCCACGACCCGCGGGUGCCCCAGCCGAACUCUGCCGAGCCGUCGGCGAGGCACCGCGCCCACGUGACCUCGAUCUUGUCGUCGCCGCGCCACAGCACGCCGAGCUUCCACUCGGACCCGACGAAAUCCGCUGGCGCAUAGGUUUGCUCGGGGGGCGGCGCCGCGGCGUCGCCACCGACCGGGCUGUCUGGGCCCAGCGGCGCGCCGGCAGCGACGGAGUCGUCGUCGUCCGGCCCCAUCAUCGGCGUGCCAUCCGCGGCCACGGGCGUGCCGAACAUGUCCACGCCCGCCGCGCCCGCGGGCAGGCCCGGCGACGGCGUCGGUGGCACCGCGUCGGCGGCGGCCGAGUCGAGCGUAUCGGCGCUCGACGCGCGCCGCACGCGCGCGCGCGGUGGCGGCGCGGCGCGGAAGCCAGUCGCGCGCCAACAGAGCAGCCCUAGUAUCGCGAGCACGCAGCGCAUGACGCACUCUUAGCGCAGACGUUGGAUCUCACGGUUCUCCGCGCGACGCACUAUCGCGGCAGGAGUAAUACAGUCAGACAGUCACUGCUUG